AUGGUAUGCACUCCAGUUCUUGCCAAGCUUUUGGUGGAUUACGUGUGCAAGCUUCGACCCAAGGAAGAAGCAAUGUGGUGGGCAAACGAAGAGUGUUUCCUUGAUUUGUGCAUGGCACAAGCAAGAGAAGAGCCCCUUGCAGAUGUUCUCAUCAAACACAGCAUCAUACCACGCAAUCUUCUCCUUGCAGAUGGUGCCAGUGUUCAAAUGCAAGGCCCAGAAGGUCGGAAGAAGUCAGAAAAGUCGUAUUUUCGGAGGUGGAAAGAUGCUUCUUGGCAAAACAGAGGUUGGGAAGAAGCAAAGAAGGUGUACUCAGUUGGGUCCCCACUGCAAGGAGAUGCAAGCAAAGUGGUGUUGCAGGGCGACAGCGUUUUGGUUGUGAAUGGUCUACGGGGAGAACUAAAGCCUGCCCAUAUCGUUGACACCAAGGCAUCCGAAGGCCUUCCUUUUUCUGCCCCAGCACUGCAUACUUUGAUUCAGUUUGAUUCAUCCAAGAAAGUGUAUGCAGUGCUCACAGAAACAAUUCAGGAUUCCUGUACACCACUGGCAGGUGAGGGUGGAUUGCGUCGGUCACGACGUACCACAGCAAAGAAGGUGGAAUGCCAGAAGAUUCUUUCCCCGAAUGUGGUACCAACUGUGGCAAUCAUGUCCAAAGGUCCUGGAAAUCUUCCACCUUUGUAUUUCAAUGUCUUCUUCACCAAUGUUGUCUUCAAGUCCGUCAGGCUCAACCAAGACCAUACCGUCACCUUGCAAGAAUAUAGAAGUGGAUGGGAAGUGGAAGUUUCUCCAUCCUAUCUCCAGGAGGUUUUGCUUGCUCCCAGAUCCUUCAUGAAGGAAAUGGAAGCCUCAGUGGGGCAGUUUUUGCGACUUCCAGUUUCUUCGAGACCGAACAAUGUUGCUGCCAGUAUACCCUCUGAUGUCACUGCUGAGGAAUCCUCCAAAGUGGAAGCUGUCAUUAGUGUGAAAUCCAAGGAAACUACUGCUGGGCAACAAGAAGGUUUGCUUCAUCCCACCAAGGCACAGAGUGUACAAGUGAGGUCCACCACAAGUUUUUCUGGUGGGCACACCCCAUGGAGUUCUGUGGACGUUGAGUUCCAGCAGAAUCAGCAUGAGUGGCAUUGUGUCAAGGAUUCCCUGGCCAACACAUUCUGGGUGCAUGGCAAGAUGACUGAGGAUGUCAAAAUUCAAGAAUUCGCAAAGAAGGGAGUUUUUGAACUAGACAUCCCCAAUGAUGCUGCAGUGGGAGGGAUGACAAUUCACAAAGUGAAUGCUGGAAUCCAGAAGUCUUUGGGUCUAAGGCUUGUCAAGCUGGAUCAUGAGACAUUCAAUCCACUCCAUGGUGCCACCUGGAAACGUACUGUGAAGGAAGGGGACGCAAGCGAACCUUUGCCUCUUUUUGUUGUGGUCGAGCCCUUUUCGGUGGAUUUUCAUUCUGCUAUGGGCUUGAGAAGCUGCCCCAGAAGCGCAAGAAGAAAAGGAAGAGAAAGUCAUCUAUUUGUCCCAUUGCUCCAGUGGUUGAAGAUGGUGGCACAGGAGAUGCUUCACUUCCAGUUUGAUUGGAAAUGGCACCAUGACAUUGCAUUAUGUUUGAGGGGGCGACAGGUGGGAGCAAAGUAG